ACAACAAAUAUCCCAGCUCAAAGAUAACCAGUAGUUGUAGUAGUUCACAAGUUUAUUUAGAUAAUAUAUAUUUUCAUGGCAUCGUGCUCGAUGAGCUCGUCCCGCGGCUCGGUGUCGCAGUGGACGCCGAAGCAGAACAAGCUGUUCGAGCAGGCGCUGGCGGUGUACGACAAGGACACGCCCGACCGCUGGCACAACGUGGCGCGGGCGGUCGGGGGGAAGUCCGCCGAGGAGGUGAAGCGGUACUACGAGCAGCUCGUGGAGGACAUCGAGCGCAUCGAGUCGGGCCGCGUGCCGUUCCCCAUCUACCGCUCCUCCGGCGGGAAGGGCGGCGGCGCCGUCGCCUAUGAGGAGCAGAGGCUCAAGCACUUGAAGCUCUAAUCAAGCAAGAUGAAGAAACAAUUAAUGGUGCAUAUAUGCAUGGUGUCUAUUGGAAGAAGGGAUGUUGCUGUUCUCUCAAGUGUAGUAUAGAUUCUAAUUAAUUAAUGGUCUUAGUAACUUUAACAAGAUAAGAAAAUGCUGAUCUUAUUAAGGUAUUUAUAUAUGUAGAUCUUUCAUUUUCAAGCCCUUCGAAUUAUCUCUAUCCUCAUGUAAAUCUGCUAAUUGUACGUAAGGUAUGGUAUAAAAUAUAUGUGUAGUUAUUUUCUAUGUAACUCUUUGAGAAUGUAUGUAACUCUUUGAGAAAGUUUGUGGAGUUUAUUAUUGUA